AUGGUGCGGCAGAGUGCCGCUGCAGUGGCUCGGGUCGGCACCCACGUGCAGAUCAGCAAGCCAGCCAUCGCGGCGGUAGCGGCUUCCAUCAGAGCCUCCCACGCAGCCAGACUGGUGGGCCCCGCCGCCUGGGACACGAGGGUGCACUUCCGGGACACACUUCGCCCUGAGCUCACACUGCGGUACUGCCUGGUACUGGACGCCCUUAAUUUUUGCUUCUGGCCUGAGCCGGGGCUGGAGUACGAGCACCUGGCCACAGGCCUCAAGGCCUGUCUGGAGGCGGACCCCCAGGUGCUGUCUGAUGACAGCCUGGCCGGCGCCACGCCCGCCAUGGUGCAGCGGCUGUUUGGGCGAGAGUGCCCUGUACCCCUGGCCGACGAGCGCGCGCGCUUUCUGGCGGAGAUCCCCAAGGGUCUGAGGCGGCAUGGUGGCCAGGUGACCGGUCUGGUGGCAGCCGCGCAGCAGUCGGCCGCAGCCCUGGUGGACCUCGUGGUCGAGGCCUUUCCCGGGUUCCGGGAUCAAGCGGUGUACCGGGGCCGGCAGGUCUUCUUCUACAAACGCGCCCAGAUCUUCGUGGCGGACGUCUGGGGCGCGUUUGGGGGCGGCGGCCCGGGCGCCUUCCACGACGUGCAGCGCCUGACCAUGUUUGCCGACUAUCGCGUGCCGGCCCAGCUGCGUACCAUGGGCAUCCUGCACUACGCCACCGCCUUGGCCGAGGCCGUGGAUGCUGGGAGGGAGCUGCCCGCAGGGGGCGAGGCGGAGGUGGAGAUCAGGGCGGCGACUGUGGAGGCCGUGGAGCUCAUGCGGGGGGCGCUGGCGCCCAGCCUGCCGGGCAUCACGAGCGUCACGCUGGAUUGGUGGCUGUGGGAGGCGGGGGAGGCUGGGAAGGACGCCCAGAGCCCUCACCAUCGCACACUGGUUCCCUACUACUGA